AUGUUCAGCCGUGAAGGUGGCAAGAAGCAGCCCCUGAAACAGCCCAAGAAGCAGGCCAAGGAGAUGGAGAAGGAAGAUAAGGCUUUCAAGCAGAAACAAAAAGAAGAGCAGAAAAAACUUGAGGAGCUGAAAACAAAGGCCACGGGGAAGGGGCCCCUGGCCACAGGUGGAAUUAGGAAAUCUGGCAAAAAGUAA